UCAACUCAGAGUCAGAAUGAAGAAGCGAUUCGAAAUAAAAACUCGUCCUGAACUGAUAUGUCUCGAUAGACAAUGCACUUCGGGUAUUCAAUUAUUUAAUCUAAUUAUUGUAUCUUCUUUUCUUUUUCAGACACAUCCAAGUGUCCGCAUAAAAGGCACAGAAAAUAACUACAAUCCCAUACAAUGCAUGGACUCGGAUUGUUUCAACAAGUCACCCCACAUGCAUUGUCCAUUCUGUGUCAUAUCAGAAUCAUUCCAUGACCCUGUCAUUCUAAAAGCUCACUAUCGCGUCAAGCAUGUUGAUAAGGGACUCGAUUUUGCUGGUUUGAAGAUAUUACGGUGUUGUGACCACUGUGAUAUCGUUGGUGCUAUAAAGGGAGAGAAGAAAUUCCGCGGUGCACACUGGCAUUGCUAUCGUUGCAAAAACGGCUUCAACCGACGGGACGAGGCAAUGAAACACUACAAAACACACUUCAGGAAUCCUCAGACAACCUUCCAAAUACAGAUAACGCAGGAAGUGAAUCAUAGUUAUGGGUAUGCUGAUGGUAACCAGAUCGUGACGUCUGUGGAGAACCCCAAUGCAGAUGAGAUUCAUCAUUCGGUUCAUUCCAUACAUCCAGUAUUAACGGAGGCUGUCAUGACCACCUCUACAUCUAACAACAUUGCUGCUAAUGAAACCGUCAACUCUACAGCCGAAACGAUAAUGAUUAUUGAAGAGCACCUUGACGGUAGCCAUGGGGAUAUGGGGACAAUAACUUUCACUACACCAGCAUCUGAGCGAUUACAAUACAGUGCCAUUAUUGAAGAGAAAAACCAACUUGAGAAGAAAGUUGAAGAACUCCAGCAGAGAAAUGAACAGCUGGAGAUCGAGAAGUCUCAGACGGAGCAGAAUCUUACCAAUGAGAUCGACAAUCUCAAACUUCAGAUAACAAUGCAAGCCCAUGCCAUCCAGAACUAUCAAAAGCAGGAAACCGAGCUUUUAAACCAACUCCGUGUGCCACUCGAUACAAAAAUGCAAGAGCUUCUCUCUGUUUUACAAACUCAGCAUCAAGACUUACUCCAUCAGCAGCUUGCGCAGGUCCGACGGAAAUAUCUCCAACAAUUGGAUAAAGUUGAUGAAAACUAUGCUGUUGGCGUUGGGGACGAGAAUCUAUUAGUUGAAAUCAGCGACGACUCUGUCGUUCAGGUUUCUAAUGAUCAUAGUAUCAUGCACGUGUCAAAUGAUGAUUCUGUCCAUGCGGACACCAAUGGCGAACUCGAAGACCAUAUUGUAGUUAGUAUGAGCAAUGACCAUAUGGUCACGGGUGCGGAUGUGGUGACGUCGUGUACGGUAACCCAGGUGGCGCCUAGAGUGGUGGAUUCGUUAGAUUCGGGCGACAAGCAGGUGGUUAGUAUAAGCUGUUCCGUGCUGGACGAUGGUGAAAUGUUGACUGUUGAGGAAAUAAAACAGGAGGAUGAAAUCGAGGUUGUCAACACGGAGGAGGACGGAGAUAACGAUGACUUGCCUGCAGCUAAAAGGAUGAAAACCGGCUCAUGAUUCUCAUUUUGACCAAUACUGUAAACCUCGUAAUGUUCUAUGCUUUUUAUUUUAGUGUUAACAGAUAAUCACAAAACCAUUAUGACCAUGAAAAUCUAAUUGAAAUUGCUGUUAACUCUUUGAGUGCUCUGACGGAAAAUCCGAUUUUUUUUAUCCUCCAAGUGCCCACGUCGGAACUUUCCAAUUUAUUGUAAGUUCAUCACCAGAAUGGUAGAUGUCCUCGUAAUCGCCGCGAAAACACACUGCGCGAAACAGUUUCUAACGAUCGUCGAUGAAGUGGGGAUUCCCCAGAUGUGUUUCCCGCUCAUGGGCACUGAAAAAUCACGAAAAUCGAUGGGCACUCAAAGAGUUAAUACGAAGUUGUCAAAACGCUAAAUGAUGAAAAGUAUGGCAAAUUUGCAAUUUCACACUUUAUUUAUGGUUUUUCCUUUGUUGUGGCUUUUGAAUAAAAAAAUAUUUCUCAUCAUCACAAUUGGCUUUUUGGGCCAUUGACAUAAUGAAGCUGUUGACAUUAUAGUUCAUCAUGAAUGUUUUCUCUGCAUUGUUAGGGGCUCUGGAGCGGUAGUAUUUCUUAGAAGUUUGGUUCUAUCGAUUUCAACUUUGCAACCAAAAAAGGAUUAUUAUCACAUUAGUAACCAUGGUUAUGGUUUUGUGUGUAUUUGUGUACAUUGGAUUUGGAUAUUUUCAGCCCUGUGCUGUUUAUUUCUUAACUGAUCUCGACGAUAUGUUCAGGUUAUUAAUAUGUUCAGGUUAUCUGUGUCCAUCUACUCAUAUGCCAAGUAUGAAUAAGAAGCAUCAAGAAACAAUAUGGCCUAUCCAGGUGACUCGGAUUGACUAUUGGUCUUUGCUGAAGAACUUAUUGAAUUUAUGACCGUACAGUGCUGAACCAAAAAAACUGUAUGGUCGUGAUGCUCACAGCAAAACCAAAGUAAAAAGAAAUUCGACCAGUAUGUCACUCUCCAGAGCGCUGAACGAUGAGGACAGAAGAUUUACCAAUAAACUAUAGAAAAAGUUAUGAGAGGUAUGUUCUGCUGACAUGAUAUGAGGAAUGAUUGCUGAAGAGUUUGAUGGGUUGGCUUUAUAAAGAAUGAAUAAAGACGAAUCUUUAUUAAUUCUUGGCUUUAUCAACGAGUACAUGUAUUGACUAACGUUCUGGAUAUUUUCAAGAGCAUUUUCAGAGAUUGUAUUAUUCUUUUCCAUGGUGUGCCUGCUUUAUUCCAGCCCAGCCAGAUACGUUGUAAUUUGUAUCGAGCAUGCUCGUGUUUUUCCCUCUGGAAAACAAAUGUGUUGAAAAUAUCAUCGCUGCUGUGCAGUGCUCACUACAAGGCCAUUUGUCGGGGUGUCCCACCCUCCUUGGCAGCUUACCAGCCUACUUUGGAAGCAGCCACCCUACCUUACUCUAGAAUUUUGUAAAGGGUUUCUAUAGGACCACUGUACCUGAAAUUGCUGGCAACCGGAGCUUUAGUUCCCCACUGACAAAACCUCUUGAAUAGCGAGGGUACCACCCUACCUUGAGAAAACCUUUUUUGUGUCAGCUAGUACAUGUGUUCACUUUGAGAUAAGCUCAGCUUUGCGUAAGAGUCAAGAUAAGCCACUGCUGCUUACAGUGAAGAUAUCCAGACAAAAUGGGAGAUACCCAUGUCUGAAUUAAAUGGCAUGAGAAGGAACAGAUCAUAUGCCCAAGGUCAAGGAAACUGCCUUUAACGGACUGAUUCCACAACAGCGACAAACCACCAGUUUGCCAUAUUGGCAAAAUCUUAAAUUCAAAAAUAGCAGAGUCGAGUCUGUUUCGUGGAAUUAGUCCUGAACUCUGCUUAUCCAAAUGUAACGGGUGCCAUGGGGCCUUAGAAACUUACUUUGAAAUAGAAGCAACUUGUUCUUGUGGUAUUAUGUGUUCUUCAGCUUACACCUUGAGAUUAUAACUGUCUUGUUAUGCAUCAAUAUAUGUGUCGAAUGUUUUGUUGAUUAUGUCAGAGAGCAGCGAAACUGUUCAGUGAGAGUUUUGUUUGCUCAUCUGGUAAUACCAAACCACAGUUAAAUGUUCAUUGGUACUGCAAUGUUUAACCACUUCAAAUGAACUUCACUGUGAGGGGAUACUUUUCAGCUUAGUUUUCGACAUUGGUUGGAUGGUCAACAAAAAUUAACUGGUGUCACCAGUUUCCAUAACAACUCAACAAUCUGCCAUUGAUAGAAGACAACAUUUCCGACAAGUUCAAACUAGCUGUUUCAGAAAUCUAAAAUAUUGUUCUAACCAUUUUCCUGACGUUUCAAAGUCAAACUUCGGCCGAUUUUUACGUUGCCUAUCAACUUGAAUAUUGUGGGAUUACAUGUAUAUCUUCUAAAGCAAGUGUCCUACGAGUCUUUAAAAUAGGUCAGAAUAAACUUUUUUUCCUCUUUCGUUUUUAGCUGAGAUAUAUGAACCAUUUUUUCAUUUGGUCAAGUUUUCAGGGUUUUUCAGUCAAUUUCGACUUCGUGACAAUUACAGAAACAUAUUUUUUCACCAGAUUUCUAUCAGUUGACAUGGAUUCUUUGGUUAGAAUAGAAGGGGUUGGUGGGGCUCUGACAUUUAUAAACUUAUAAAUCUGGUUUAUAUAUAAGAGGUAAAUCUAGUUGGAAAUUGAGUGCUAAGACAGCAGCAGUCGGCAACGGGUUAAUUCGCAUGAUUCAACGAUUCUGUAUUGGAGACUGGCGAUAAAAUCAGUCUGCAGGCAGCUGGCUAAACAAGUUUUUCAUUCACAGUUUGGGGUUUGUUGUUUUGUAUUUGUAAAUCUUGAAUGUGCUGCUUAGUGUAUUUAUUUAAUACAUAAUGGGUAACCGUGGAGAAUCAUUUCCCCAGAUUGCCGAGAAUCGGGCAGGUCUUCAAACUUGCCUAGCUAGCAUGUCCAGGGAAAGGAGAAAUUUUUACAAUUAUGUUGGAAAAGUUGUGUUAUAUGGGUCUUCCUACUAAAUAAUGUUGUGUUCAUCUGGUAAUUAGUUUCUUCAAGCAUGAAUUGCAUCACAGUUUUAAAAAUAUGCAUGGCAGGUUUGUCCUGUGGAUAGCUAACAAAUUGCAAAUUAUGUAUUAGCUUAUUUCUGCGUGCUCCACAAAGGAACUGGGUGGUUAAGUUUCCUCAAAAUUUAAUGCAUAUGAUGGCCAAGUGUUCUAGUUACCAGCUGGACGCAUGUUAUUUUGGUAAAUUUAUCAAUGAGCGCACAUUUUGGCAGGUCUUUUUGUGGUGCAGACACUUUCCCAGUCCUAUUCCAGGCACCACUGCUCAGUAAGUUGGAGGACCUGCCUUGAACGCACAAGAUAUAGAUAAGAUUCUCGGCAAGUUGGGGAUUGAUUCCCCAGGGUGUGGGCACGGGUGACUGAAUCAAGUGUCAGUAAGGGGUCAAAACAUUGAUAAAGGGUUCAGGCAGAAGAGGGAGCAAGAAAUCCAAAGAGGCAUCGAAAAAAUCGUCCACUUCACAAGUUCGCCCCUCCUGUAAAUUGUGUAGUGCAUUGAUGCAAGUGAAGUGAUAAAAAUUCUGAAGUUUCUUAAUUUUCAGUCUCUCACGGGACCUCUGUGGAUUCCAUCUCCUUCCACCUUAACCCUUCAUGGACAUUUAACACCAUUUAACCCCUUACUGGCCCUCGAUUCAGUGGCCUGUGGUGUGGGUUUGGUUUACUGAGGAGAUGUUUCAGUCAUGUGGAUACACGUAUUGUUAUGUAUAUAGUUUGUCAGCUAAUUAACUGGUAGUGCCAGUAGAGUUCCAUGUUUUUAUAGCAUUGGAAAUAAAUUUCCAAGAUUAUGAA